CUCGGAGCUCAAAGCGCCGUAGCAGUUCUGAAGAACUCAAGCACAUGGCUUCUCCCCAAAAUCAACUCAAUCUGCACAACUCUGUCCUAGCCCUCCUUGAAAGAUGCAUUCAUCUCAAUCAUCUCAAGCAGCUCCAAGCCUUUCUCAUCACUCUCGGCCAUGGCCAGACUCAUUUCUACGCCUUCAAGCUCCUCCGCUUCUGCACUCUAGCCCUCUCCAAUCUCUCCUACGCUCGCUUCAUCUUCGACCACGUCGAAUCCCCCAAUGUCUACCUCUACACUGCAAUGAUCACUGCUUAUGCUUCUCAUUCUGAUCACACUUCAGCCCUUCUUUUGUACCGCAACAUGGUUCGUCGCCGUCGGCCUCGGCCCAACCAUUUUAUCUACCCUCAUGUCUUGAAGUCGUGCACCCAGGUCGUGGGGCCGGGGAGUGCGAGAAUGGUGCAUUGUCAGGUGCUGAGGUCGGGUUUUGAACAAUACCCAGUUGUGCAAACAGCUCUUCUUGAUGCCUACUUGAGGUUUUGGUCUGAUGUGGAAAGUGCGCGUCUCUUGUUUGAUGAAAUGACUGAGAGGAAUGUUGUGUCUUGGACAGCUAUGAUUUCUGGGUACACGAGGCUUGGACAGAUUGGGAAUGCUGUAUUGUUGUUUGAGGAAAUGCCCGAGAGGGAUGUGCCGUCUUGGAACGCUUUGAUUGCUGGUUACACACAGAAUGGGUUGUUCAUGGAGGCGUUAUCACUUUUCAGGAGAAUGAUUGCCGUUGAGGCGGGAGCUUGGGGUCAAGGAAAUAGGCCAAAUCAGGUUACUGCUGUGUGCUCACUCUCAGCUUGUGGUCACACUGGUAUGCUCCGGCUUGGUAAAUGGAUACAUGGUUAUGUUUACAGAAAUGGGCUUGGUUUGGAUUCAUUUGUAUCUAAUGCUCUGGUGGAUAUGUAUGGGAAAUGUGGAUGUUUGAAAGAGGCAAGAAGGGUUUUUGAUAGGACAUUGGAGAGAAGCUUGACAUCAUGGAAUUCCAUGAUCAAUUGUCUCGCCCUCCAUGGGCAAAGUCAGAAUGCAAUAAGUGUGUUUGAGGAGAUGAUGACAUGUGGAAGUGGUGUAAAACCUGAUGAAGUUACAUUUAUUGGCUUGUUGAAUGCCUGUACCCAUGGGGGUUUGGUUGAAAAAGGUUGGCUUUAUUUUGAGCUGAUGACUCAAAAUUAUGGGAUAGAACCUCAGAUUGAGCAUUAUGGUUGCUUGGUAGAUCUUCUUGGUCGUGCAGGUCAGUUUGAAGAAGCUAUGGAGGUUGUAAGGGGAAUGAGAAUUGAACCUGAUGAGGUUAUUUGGGGCUCUUUGCUUAAUGGAUGUAAGAUUCAUGGCCACACAGAUUUGGCUGAAUUUUCCGUUAAAAAAUUGAUUGAUAUGGAUCCAAAUAAUGGUGGUUAUGGUAUAAUGUUGGCAAAUAUAUAUGGGGAGCUAGGCAAGUGGGAUGAGGUUCGGAAGGUUCGGAAGGUGUUGAAGGAGCAGAAUGCCCACAAGACUCCUGGUUGCAGUUGGAUUGAAAUUGACAACCAAGUUCAUCAAUUCUAUUCUGUUGAUAAAACACAUCCUAGAACGGAGGAGAUAUACAAUACAUUGGAGAGUCUGAUUAGUCUGUACUAGCUUAGAGGUGCUGGGGUUUUUCCCACAAUUAUAAAAACGGUUUAAAAAGUAAAAUUUUGAGUUUGCAGGAGUUCAAAUUUGAUUCCUAAUUCUCAAACUACAUGUUUCACAUGCCUACAGCACUAUUCUGCUUUGGAGGGUAACCCUCUCAAGUCCUUAUGGAAGUGGUUGAUGAGGGGCCAAGGUUUUCUUUCUUAUUCUAUUUUUCAUGUUUAAACUUCUUCUUGAACAAGAGAAAAGAGUUGAGGGAUGAAGGAUUAAAGUGGUGCUGAAGCCAGGUCUGCUGUGGCUCUAAAUCCACAAUGCUUGUUUUUGCAUCAUUCCUGCUCAUUCUUGGGGCUUUUGCUACCAUCGUAUUCGUGAACUCCAGUUUGAAGCCAAAGAUGAGUUUGGAAUGGUUGAAACUGGGUUCAUCAAUUAAGCUUUAUAGCCAUUCUCCACAAGGAAUUUGAUGGAGGAAGGUGAGAGUAUGUGGCAGACAAGUAAGUCUGGGUUUCUCAGUGCAGGGAUGGAUCAUGUUGACCUCACUUCUCAACCGCCUCAACCCCCUGGGCUGGAUUGACCCCAUGAACUGCACACCAAAGAAGAUGAUGAUUUUCUAAUUGUUUGCCUUUCAACAUUUUCUGUGACCUUAAAUUCUGAUAGUUGAGCAUCAAUGAACACAUCAUAUCAGUCAGUACUAGUUCUUUGGGUCUGUCAUCCGACUGGUUGCCACCACCCUGCGCAACCAGAGCAGAAAUAAGCUGUUCAAUAUCAUCUGUAAUCUGCAGGUUCUUUCAGAAAACAAGCAGUUUCAGAAGGUUUUGUCAACUGCAUGCAAAAGACUGGUUAUGAGGUAUCCUCUUUUCACUCUUUUUUUUCAGUCCUUUGGUUGUGGAGAUCCAUAUGUAGAAUAUUCUCAUGCAAGUGAAUUUUGUGGAAAGACAAAAUAAUAUACUACAACUUCAUGUUUACAUUAA